AUGGAGCAAAGACUCGCGUUCUGCACGCUCGGAAUGUUCAUCAUAGACAAGAUCGAAUACCUCGACAACAGCCAGACAUCGCAACAAAACAUCAUUGGCGGCGCAGGGACCUACGCCGCCCUCGGUGCCCGACUCGCCGCAGGCGUCCAGCACGCCCACCUCGUAAGCUGGAUUGUAGACAUGGGCGCAGACUUCCCGGCACUGUUCCACCAGCUGAUCAACACGUGGCACACGAAUUGCGUCUUCCGGCGCGAUUUGAACCGACUCACCACGAUGGCGUGGAACGGCUACGGCGCGAACGAAUAUAGAGCGUUCAAGUACCUGACACCAAAGUUACGGCUCGACGAGAAGGAUCUGUCCGACGAACAGGUCCUCGCGCGGAGUUUCCACAUGGUCUGUUCGCCCGCUCGGUGUAUCAGUCUUGUGAACGGAAUCUUGGGGCGACGGCGAGACCUGCUACGAGAACGAGGUCUCAGUCCCGACGCCGUGGAUGCUGAGCUGUGGCCAAUCUUCGUAUGGGAACCGGUUCCAGAUCUGUGCACGCCGGAGGAGGUGGCCCGGUUAAAGGUUGCGGUUGGGUAUGUCGAUGUGGUGAGCCCGAAUGCAGAUGAGUUUGCCGCAUUUUUCAAGCAGAUGGCGGGGUUCGAGUCGAGGGAAACGCAGGUAAGGUGGUUGCUUGGUGGCCAGUCUGCAGUGGCAGGAAGGCCGCUUCGCGCAACCGUGGUGAUCAGGGAGGGCGCGCAGGGCUGCAGAACGUACACUGCAUAUAGCUUGGAGGGUCUGCAUCUUCGCCCAUACCACCAGAGCAAAGAACGGGUGAUGGACCCUACGGGCGCAGGGAAUACCUUUCUGGGAGCCUUGGCGAUGGGGCUGACCGGCGUGACGAGUCCUGAUGGAAGUGUGCUCCAGGAUCUUGUCGUCCCGGACGAUCAGAAACGGCUUCUGCUUGCCCUCAUACAUGCCACGGUAGCAGCUGGGUAUGCGAUUGAGCAGAUCGGUAUGCCGGCUGUGGCGGCCGCAGACGGCGACUCUUGGAACGGGCAGAGGUAUCCUGAGCGAUUUCUAGAGUACUUGCGAAGAGAACGACAGCAUAUAGACCGACAGCUUUCAUACACGCCGAUGGUACCUUGA